UCCCCAGGAAGUAUUUUGAACCAGCUUCCUGUUGCUGGAGGGACUGAGAUUCCAGACAGAUGCAGAGCCAAUUUCUCCUACAGUUGGUGACUGUGCAUUCCAGGUGUUCAAGCCAGCAAAGCAAAGGGCAGAACCGUGGAGAGACACAGACUAGAGGGACUGAGAGACAGAGGGAAACUAAGCAAGAGGGAGAGAGCAUCCAGACCUGCCUUCAUGCCCAGCAGGUCAGCCUCAGCUAGUGCUGCAGGCAGUGUGACUCACAGCUCGCCGGGUGGCACCUGAGGAGCAACAGCAGAGAGGAUGGCCCAGGUCCUGCAUGUGCCUGCCCCGUUCCCAGGGACUCCUGGCCAGGCCUCGCCAGCAACCUUCCCCAGCAAAGAGCCAGACCCACCGUACUCUGUGGAGACGCCCUACGGCUACCGCCUGGACCUGGACUUUCUUAAGUACGUGGAUGACAUUGAGAAGGGCCACACACUGCGCAGGGUGCCCGUGCAGCGCCGGCCGCGCCUGGGCUCCCUGCCGCGGGGCCCGGGCUCCUGGUGGACGUCCACGGAGUCGCUGUGCUCGGACGCCAGCGGGGACAGCCGGCACUCGGCCUACUCCUACUGUGGCCGUGGCUUCUACCCACAGUACGGGGCCCUGGAGACCCGUGGCAGCUCCAACCCACGUGUGGAGCGCACGCUGCUGGACGCCCGGCGCCGUCUGGAGGACCAGGCGGCCGCCCCGUCGGGUGGCCUGGGUUCCCUGACACCCAGCGCCGCGGGCUCCACCAGCUCCCUGGCAGGCGUGGGCCUGCUGCCGCCCACGCCUCGCAGCUCCGGCCUGUCCACCCCGGUGCCACCCAGUGCAGGUCACCUGGCCCACGUGCGCGAGCAGAUGGCCGCGGCCCUGCGCAAGCUGCGCCAGCUGGAGGAGCAGGUCAAGCUGAUCCCCGUGCUCCAGGUCAAGCUGUCGGUGCUCCAGGAGGAGAAGAGACAGCUCACGGUGCAACUCAAGAGCCAGAAGUUUCUAGGCCACCCCUCAGGGACACGGGGCCGGAGUGAGCUCUGCUUGGACCUUCCGGAGCCCCUCGAGGACCCUGCUGCGCUAGAGACCCGCUCUGUGGGCACCUGGGUCCGGGAGCGGGACUUGGGCAUUCCGGAUGGUGAAGCUGCCCUGUUGUCUAAAGUGGCCGUGUUGGAGACCCAGCUCAAAAAAGCGCUGCAGGAGCUGCGCGCGGCUCAGACCCAGCAGGCCGACCUCCCGCCCCAGGCCUGGCCACCGCCAGACACCCCGCUCCGUGUGGACACCGUGCGAGUGGUGGAGGGUCCUCGGGAAGUGGAGGUGGCGGCCAGCACGGCAGCGGGGGCCCCUGCACAGCGAGCCCAGAGUCUGGAACCCUAUGGAGCAGGGCUGAAGGCCCUGACCACAUCUGGGGGCGCCGAAAACGUCGUUGUGUUCCGCAGCCAUGAGGUGGUGGAAACCAUGUGCCCGCUGCCCACGGCCACCACCAGCCACGGGCACACGGCCAAGAAGAUCAGUAUUACAGAACGGAGUUGCAGUGGUGUGGCCAGGACGGCAGGUGGUCCACAGUCUCCUGCAGAGUCCUCCUCCACUUCACACCCUGCUGCCGUUUCUACGGAACAGUCUGAGGAUCCUGACCAGGCGGCUGCCCCGGACACCACCGACAGGGAGCCCACCAGGCCAGCAGCGUCCCAGGAGACGCAAGUGGCUGAGGGAGCAGGCAGGGUCUCUGUGGGAGUGCAGUCUACCCUGAAGAGGAAAGAGGACCCUGCAGACCCUGGAGUCCACCAGAGGAGCCUCCAGUUUGUGGGGGUGAAUGGCGGGUAUGAGUCCUCUUCAGAAGACUCCAGCACAGCAGAAAACUCAGAACACGAGAGCACAGAGAAUGAAGCUCCAGAGCCACCGGCGAGGGUCCCGAGCACGGCUGAAUGCCCUCAGCUCCGGCCUCCCGGGACUGCAGCAGCCAAGGCCGGUCUGGAAGAGAGCCGACUCCCCCAGGAAGCUCAGCGGGUGCCCGCAGCUGAGGCGGCAUCAGGACCCAACUCUGAGGACGAAAUUCGGAUGGAUCUGAGCCCUGAUCUCAUAUCAGCCUGCUUGGCUCUGGAGAAAUACUUGGAGAACCCCAAUGCUCUCACUGAGCGAGAACUGAAAGUGGCCUAUACCACGGUACUUCAGGAAUGGCUCCGCCUGGCCUGCCGCAGUGACGCACACCCUGAACUUGUGCGGCGACAUCUGGUCACCUUCAGGGCCAUGUCUGCCCGGCUGCUGGACUAUGUGGUCAACAUCGCCGACAGUAACGGCAACACCGCGCUACACUACUCUGUCUCACAUGCCAACUUCCCUGUGGUGCGGCAGUUGCUGGACAGCGGUGUCUGUCAGGUGGACAAGCUGAACCGUGCUGGCUACAGCCCCAUCAUGCUUACUGCUCUGGCCACCCUGAAGACCCAGGAUGACAUUGAGACCAUCCUGCAGCUCUUCCGGCUUGGGAAUGUGAACGCCAAAGCCAGCCAGGCAGGACAGACGGCCCUGAUGCUGGCAGUCAGCCAUGGACGGGUGGAUGUGGUCAAAGCUCUGUUGGCCUGCGAGGUGGAUGUCAACAUUCAGGAUGAGGACGGCUCCACAGCCCUAAUGUGUGCAUGUGAACACGGACACAAGGAGAUCACUGGGCUCCUGCUGGCUGUGCCUAACUGUGACAUCUCGCUCACCGACCGAGACGGGAGCACCGCACUGAUGGUGGCCCUGGACGCAGGGCGGAGCGAGAUCGCAUCUAUGCUGUACUCACACAUGAACAUCCAGUGCUCGUUCGCUCCCAUGUCAGACUACGAGAGCCCGGUAUCAUCCUCAGCUGAAGAGUAAACACGGAGAGGCCGGUGACUCCCCAAGGACCGCCAGCCACACAGGCAAACCGUCCCCCCUCAUCCCUUCCUGCCCCGCACUUCCUCAGCCUUCCUCUCCAAGGCAGAGCCCUCCACUUCUCGGGGGAGUCCUGACAUCUACAGACUCCAGCUCCACGGGGCCUUUCCCAGCACCCGAGGUUCAAAGCCAAGAGCCAAGCUACAUUCUCCUCCAGUUGGCGCCAGCUGCUGCCACCCGGGUGUGGGUUCUUGUGAAGAGCGUGGGGAACAAUCAGCCGGCAAUUGUGGGAGGAGGGGGGGGGGGCUAGAGGGAAAUACUGUAUUUUUGAGUCAUUGUUAGGGGAAGGGAGGGGUCAGAAUUUGGGUUGCUAAAUUCGAAUGUCGCUGGAAUGUUAGUCUCCUUGUCCAGAUUUCACUACGGCAGGUCUCCACAAGGCCUGCUCUAUGCCCUUUGUUGCCUGAUUUCAUUGUUUAGUGUAUAAUAGGGUUCUGUCCACCACCCGCCACCCCCAGACAGCUUUCUUGGGGGCCAGGGGUGUCUCUUGGGAUUGCCUCACAGAACAAGGUCUGUCGUCCUUGAGCCGUCUGUCCCCAGGUGGAAAGCAGGGUCUUCGUUUGUCUUUUUCUUUUCACUAUCUGCCACUGACCCUGUCUCCCCACCACACACACACAUUCAGGUUGGGGUGCUUCAUCUCUCUGCAGUUCAGGUCCUGGUGGGCCCUGGGACUUGGAAAUGACCAACUUACAAGGAGAAAGGAUACAGACCCACCCAUUCCCCACAGGGAGAGCUCAGGACGCAAGAAUGUUCCUAGAAAAACUCCCAGACCUACAGACCAAAGAGAAAGGCCAUGUCAGAGUCUCCCAGCAUUGGAGCCCAGAACUGCUCUCCUCAAAGGGGAGUCAACAGGGGAUGUGAUACUGACCAAGUACAGACACCGCGCGCGUUCCAAAGCCCAUGUGUUCCUGAUUAGGUACUGGCUGGCCUCAGAACACACCCAGAACUAGCUUAAAGUGACAGGCUUUGCUGAAACCCAAAAGGCCAGAUGGGGGGUUCAGUGUUUGUGUGUGUGUUUUUAAAGGCCUAGAGCACCGAUGGUGACGGGCACAGAUAGCCUGCACUUUUCUCUUAGUGGACUCCCCCCCCCCCCCCGCCCUCCCCCAUCCCCAGAAUC